AUGUCUGAGCGCUACGACUGCUGGGAGUGUAAGGACUCCCUGCUGGGGCAGAAGUACAUCCUGAGGGAGGAACAGCCGUACUGCAUCAAGUGCUACGAGGGACUUUUCUCCAGCAUCUGCGAAUUGUGCAACAAGCUCAUCAGCUGCACCAGCAAGGAUCUGUCCUACAAGGACCGCCACUGGCACAGCGAGUGUUUCCUGUGCAACACUUGCAGCCGAUCGCUCGUCGAUCGACCCUUUGCCGCCAAGAACGACCUGCUGAUGUGCAUAGAGUGCUACUGCACCGAGUACUCCGCUAAAUGCCAUGCCUGCCUGAACACCAUCAUGCCAGGUGAGAGAACUGGCACCAAGAAGAUGGAGCACAAAGGCAACAGUUGGCACGAGAAGUGUUUCGUCUGCAGCAGCUGCCAGCAGCCCAUCGGCACCAGGAGCUUUGUGAAGAAGGAAGGCAGCAACUACUGCCUGCCAUGCUACGAGAAGCAGUUUGCUCUGAAGUGUGUUCACUGCAAGAAGGCCAUUAUCGCUGGAGGGGUGAGCUACCAGGACCAGUCAUGGCACAAGGAAUGCUUCGUUUGUAUCGGGUGCAAGAUGCAGCUGGCUGGCCAGAGAUUCACCUCUCGGGAUGACUUGGCCUACUGCCUCGAGUGCUUCUGCAACCUGUUCGCCAAGAAAUGUGCCCACUGCACCAAACCGAUCAGUGGUCUUGGAGGCAGCAAGUACAUCUCGUUUGAUGAGCGCCAGUGGCACAACAACUGCUUCAACUGCAAAAAGUGCAACGAGUCUCUGGUUGGUCGAGGUUUCCUGACGUUCAGCGAUGAUAUCUACUGUCCCGACUGCGGUAAAGACCUGUGAGGGACCUGCAGCAGCACGAGGGAGCAACAUUGUUUUUUAAUGUGACAUUUGUUGCAUUAUUUAUACCAUUUAUCAAACAUUAAUGUGCAUGUAGUACUGAUACGUGAUACAAAUAUUCAUACCACAAUGUAUUUUCCUUUAGGAAUGUAAGUCCUUGUGUAAUUUUUUGACAAGUUCUUACAAAAGCAUGAGACGUUUUAAUAGAGAGCA